AGAUCUCUCUUGUCCAGCAGUGUUGGAGGAGCUUGCGAAAUCCGUGGAGGUUUUCACCGCCCCUGCAGGGAGAAAACAGGUGGAUGGAUAGAUGAGCAUGGCCUUGCUCCUCGUCUCCUUGCUGGCGUUCCUGGGCUCGGGGACAGGAUGUCACCACUGGCUGUGCUAUUGCUCGAACAGGGUCCUCCUCUGCCAAGACAGCAAGGUGACCGAGAUUCCGUCCGACCUCCCCCGGAUCGCCGUGGAACUGAGGUUUGUGCUCACCAAGCUUCGAGUCAUCCCCAAAGGAUCAUUUUCUGGAUUUGAGGACCUGGAGAAAAUAGAGAUCUCUCAGAAUGAUGUCUUGGAAGUAAUAGAAGCAGAUGUGUUCUCCAACCUACCCAAGUUGCAUGAAAUUAGAAUUGAAAAGGCCAACUCUCUGCUGUACAUCAAUCCCGAGGCCUUCCAGAACCUUCCCAAUCUACGAUAUCUGUUAAUAUCCAACACAGGCAUUAAGCACUUGCCAGUGGUUCAUAAGAUUCAGUCUCUUCAAAAGGUUCUAUUAGACAUUCAAGAUAACAUAAACAUCCACACCAUUGCCAGGAAUGCCUUCAUGGGGCUGAGUUUUGAAAGUGUGAUUCUAUGGCUGAAUAAGAAUGGGAUUCAAGAAAUACACAACUGUGCAUUCAACGGAACCCAGCUAGAUGAGCUGAAUCUAAGCGAUAACAAUAAUUUGGAAGAAUUGCCUAAUGAUGUUUUCCGGGGAGCCUCUGGGCCAGUCAUUUUAGACAUCUCAAGGACAAAGGUCCAGUCCCUGCCCAGCCAUGGCUUAGAAAAUCUGAAGAAGCUGAAGGCCAGAUCAACUUACAGCUUAAAGAAGCUCCCUAGUCUGGAAAAGUUUGUCACUCUCGUGGAGGCCAGCCUCACCUACCCUAGUCACUGCUGUGCCUUUGCAAACUGGAGACGGCAAACCUCUGAACUUCAUCCAAUUUGCAACAAAUCUAUUUUAAGGCAAGAUACUGAUUAUGUGACUCAGGCUAGGGAUCAGAGUGUCUCUGUGAUAGAUGAUGAACCCAGUUAUGGAAAAGAAUCUGACAUGAUGUACAGUGAAUUUGACUAUGACUUAUGUAAUGAAGUUGUUGACGUGACCUGCUCCCCAAAGCCAGAUGCCUUCAAUCCAUGUGAAGAUAUCAUGGGGUACAACAUCCUCAGAGUCUUGAUAUGGUUUAUUAGCAUCCUGGCCAUCACUGGGAACAUCACAGUGCUGGUGAUCCUGACUACCAGCCAGUACAAAUUCACCGUGCCCCGGUUCCUUAUGUGUAACCUCGCCUUCGCUGACCUCUGCAUUGGAAUCUACUUGCUGCUCAUAGCGUCAGUUGAUAUCCACACCAAGAGCCAGUACCACAAUUACGCCAUUGACUGGCAAACGGGGCCGGGCUGUGACGCCGCUGGCUUUUUCACUGUCUUUGCCAGUGAAUUAUCCGUCUACACGCUGACAGCCAUCACCCUGGAAAGGUGGCAUACCAUCACUCACGCCAUGCAACUGGAAUGCAAGGUGCAGCUCCGCCAUGCUGCCAGCGUCAUGGUGAUGGGCUGGAUCUUUGCCUUUGCAGCCGCUCUCUUCCCCAUCUUCGGAAUCAGUAGCUACAUGAAAGUGAGCAUCUGCCUACCCAUGGACAUUGACAGGCCUUUGUCACAGCUCUAUGUUAUGGCCCUCCUUGUGCUCAAUGUUCUGGCCUUUGUAGUCAUCUGCGGCUGCUACACCCAUAUCUACCUCACAGUGAGGAACCCUAACGUUGUGUCCUCAUCAAGCGACACCAAGAUCGCCAAGCGCAUGGCCACACUCAUCUUCACCGACUUUCUCUGCAUGGCCCCCAUUUCUUUCUUUGCCAUUUCUGCCUCACUCAAGGUGCCCCUCAUCACUGUGUCCAAGGCCAAGAUCCUCCUGGUUCUGUUCUACCCCAUCAAUUCCUGUGCCAAUCCUUUCCUCUACGCCAUCUUCACCAAGAACUUCCGCAGGGAUUUCUUCAUCCUGAUGAGCAAGUUCGGCUGUUAUGAAAUGCAAGCCCAGAUUUACAGGACCGAAACCUCAUCCAAUGCCCACAACUUCCACGCAAGGAAGGGCCACUGCCCCUCAGCUUCCAAAGCCACCAAUAGCUCCAGUUACAUGCUUGUCCGUCUAAGUCAUUCAACCCGGAGCUAAAAAGGAUUGUGAAAAUGGACCAUCACCUUGAAUGACAAUGAAAAUGAGGAAUAGGCCAUGGAAUGGCUGACAGUGUUUCUACACUUCACCUACCUAUUCUUCCUGGCUGUGUGCACGGCAAAUCGGUCAGGAAGUAUAUUCAUCUCUCACGUGACUCAUUUAAGAACUAAAUUAUUGGUAACAGCAAUUAAAACAAUACAGCAGCAUGCUUGUUUUAUGCUUCUGUUCGGUUUGUCUCAACUGAUUUUUAAAAUUCAUGUUCAGUAGGCUGAGCAGGGAUUUUUUUUUUUUUUUUUUGGAGCUUUACAAAUGAGGAAAACAGACUCCAAGAGCUCAGUGACUUGUUUGAAACUGCCUGGUGUAUGAGAGGCAGAGCCAGGAUGGAGUAACCCAGCUCUGCAAGAAUUUCCAAGAGAAAUGUCACAACAUCAUGCAAAUAUUUAUUGAGGGCCCAUGACAGCUUUGUCAUGGGUCAACAUGUACAGACUCAGCUACAUCUUCCAGAAACCCCUUCCGUGUGUGUUUUCAGUUAGGGUGGGCCACCCAGAGAAUUCUUAGGAAAACAUAACAUCCAAAAAGUAAAAUAAAAUAAGCAACGGCUGUUGCUGUGAUCAGCACGACAUUGCUGUAGCUGAUUCCACUCAAGGCUGCCAAGGCCACAUGGUGGAUGAUCACUGUCCCUCCCCCUGGAUCCUCCCUUGGGUUCUCUGAGUGAGUUCGGGGCCACUUGUGAGGUUUUAGUACCAUGAAGAAGCACAAGACUUCUGUAGGAUGCUUUAUCACCAAGGUCGGAAGCAACCAGAAUAGAAACGGGGCUCAGUUCGUCUCCCUGGGGUAACACCCUGUGUUUGCUGAGCAUACGCUCAUGAUCUUUCCAUUAUGAGGACAGAUGCCCUGAGGACACUGAGCUCCAACGUCAGAUGAGAGGACAACAACGUCCUUACACAUCCUGCUUAGCCAGCCUCCCAAACGUGGGAGAGACAAUUCCCGGUAACAAAUAUUUACCACCUACACAUAUUUGCAUUCAUACAUAUGUAUGAUUGCUUCUGCUGCUCUGGCUGAACUCUAAUGGAAAAUACACCUAUUAUAUGGCAUGCAUAUAGAUUACAAUGUUAAGGACGCAGCAGCUUUGAAAUCAGAGUUAAGAUUUUAUUCGGAUUCUGUAAUAAGUCGGGGCUCAAGGUUUUCAGGCUCGGCUUCUUCCUCUACAGAUGCACCAGCUGUGUCUCUAACCUUUAGGCUGCCAGUGAGAAGGAAACGAGCCAUUUUAAAAUGCCUCGUGCUGUAGCAAGUUUAGCAUACAUUAGUUUGUGUCUUCCCGCUCAGACCAGUUCCUGGCCUAGUAACCAGCUCUCCUGGCCCUCAGUCUAGAAUUCAUUCUGUUACCCUCUAAGGUCGUGAUGGAAUUCGUUUCCUCUUCCACUGAAAGGAUAAAAAAGGCAGGAAAAAUCUUGAGCAUUGGCAGGUAGCAACAGAGGAAGUCUCGGACACAGCGGAGCCAGCCUGUGAAGAAAGGCUUUUAAUAGGGGUGGGAGAAAACACACACAGCAAACAAGCAGAGAGACCCUCUGGGGAAGAGAGAGGACACUCGGGAGCCUGGGGUCUGCUCUCUCUUUGGGCCUGGGGUUUUAAGGAUCUUUGAGCGGUCUUCCUCCCUAAUUUAGUGUUGGUUAGUUUGAAGCUAAAGACAGAGAGGCUGACAGGCCCACGACUUUGGAAUAAGCAUGUCCUGAUCCAAGCUUGAACUUGUGAGACUGGUCCAGAGGCAGAGGACCCUACUGUCAGGAGAAAAAUCCUACCAGGCCUUUGUUUCCCAUUAGGAAUAUGAUGAAGAAGCUGGAAGUCUGCCAUCUUUAUUGUCUAUUAGUAGGCCCCCUUUUCCUAUUUGUCUGCCUAUCAGGGGAUCUGUCUAACCCCUAGACCCUCAGGUCCAUUAUACUACAUCAAUACUGAAAAAUGAACAUGUUACCCACACAUGUUCUCAGAAAUAAGCCCACUGAAUAACUAGAUGAUACAGAACCACCACAAAUUCCUCCAGGUGGUGCCAGGGCUGGUCCACAAAGCUCUGAGCACCAUGAAUAGCUGGUUAGGGGUUAGGGUGACCUCUAAGGAUUAAAAACUGUGCUGUCCUUGUGAGGUCACUGCCUGGAGCUGGUUCCCUGGCUG